AUGCAUUUCUGGCUCGUGGUGAUGACUUGGUGCGAUAGCACCGUCUACUUCACGAUGGCGAUGGAAUAUCCCGCGGGUCAAGACGAGUCCACCUCGAAGUACCUCGCAUUCAUCAACGAAACCUCAUGGGAGCCGCUGAACAACACGUCGAGUCUCUUCAGCCACCUGGGCAACGCGACGCCGACGGGGUCGUCCAACUUCGACGGCUCGCAGCUGAUGACGACCGUGAACGACGUGUCCGUGGUGGAGAUGAUCAUCGACAACCUCGACGACGGGGACCACCCGUUCCACCUGCACGGGUACAAGUUCUGGAUCAUGGACGGUGGCGACGGACGGUGGCAAGGCCAGACGCCGAACAACACCACGCCGAUGCUCCGCGACACGGUCGUCAUCCCAGCGUACACCUGGAUGAUCCUCCGCUUCGUCGCGGACAACCCGGGCUACUGGGCCUUCCACUGUCACAUCCAAUGGCACAUGGCCGCCGGGCUGCUCUUCCAGUUCAACAUCCUGCCGGCCAAGAGCGCGCAGUUCCGGAUCCCGCAGUACAUGCUCGACAUGUGCGGAAAAUAG